AUGGGCUCAGAGCUCGGCGUUUCCUAUCGCCAUCCACGAGGAUCACGCCACCGCCAGGCUAUACAACAAACGAGUUUCGCGAUCUGGCAAGAAGACAUUUGUGUGAAGACAAGAUCUUCGAGUCUCCAUUCCUUUCGUUGA